AUGCAGAACUCAUCAUGCAUUGAUUUGGUCAUGUUCAGCAGUCGCGGACAACACGAUGAGGGCACUAUGUCACGUCCUCCGUGGAAGAGGGAGAGAUCAAAUCAUCUUAACUUGUAUCCAAACGAAGAUGAAGAGCUUGCCAACUGUCUUGUGUUGCUGUCCAAUUCAGGGAAUGCUUACAACAAGCAUGGACACGGCAAGAGCAAAACCGUGAAAAAACAAAAAACUGCACAUGUUUUCCAAUGCAAAGCUUGCAAGAAGGUAUUUGCGUCGCAUCAGGCAUUGGGUGGACACAGGGCAAGCCACAAGAAAGUGAAGGGUUGUUUUGCCUCUCAAGAUAAAGAGGAGGAGGAAGAAGAGGAGGAAUACAAAGAAGAUGAAAAUGAAGAGGAAGAGGAAGACGAUGAAGUGGAGGAGGAGGAGGAGGAAGAAGAAGACAAGCCAACGGCUGCGGCUCACAUCAUCGCCCGAAAGAGAUCCAACGCUCACGAAUGCACCGUCUGCCAUCGUGUAUUCUCAUCGGGACAAGCCUUGGGAGGCCAUAAGAGAUGUCACUGGUUAACACCUUCCACUUAUCUUCGUAUGACGCCACUACAUGAUUCCUCUGCCGUAAGAUCUCAGGCGCUAGAUCAACCAUCCCUAGAUCUCAACUUAGCUUGCCAAGAGUAUUCCAUUGAUCCAACGGUCAUGAGCGUAGGGAGAGAUGGUGGUGCCAAUAACAAUCACAACGCUACUUCUUCAAAUUCAUGGCUAAAACUCGCUAGUGGUGAUUGGUCUUGA